UCUAUAUGUGCCCUGGGAUUGGCUGGCCACCAGUCCAGGGUGUACCCCGCCUCUCGCCCGAAGACAGCUGGGAUAGGCUCCAGCACCCACCGUGACCCUCGUGAGAAUAAGGAAAACUCCCACAUGCAGUAUUUUAAAACAAUUAUUCGCUAUAAAAAUGCCUUUUCAGUCUAUGAUACUGAUUUUAAUUUCUCUCCAGCGGAGAUGAGCUUAUCCAUGGCAGCCAGGUUUGGCUCGCUCCUCCUUCUGUCUGUUUUCUUCUUUUGGCAGAAUCUGUGCCCCACGCAGUCUUUCAACACAUUUUUUUUCAAGGAGGUUACACCAUCUCAAAGUCAUGGAAGACAGAAAAGAGAUGUCCCCAGUGGAUUCCCACACUUCACCACAAAUCCUAAUUGUCCUGCACCAAAUUGUUCGUUACUGGUCGUGGACAUUGUGCUCACUAAGGAUCUUCCACUGGACUUCAAUGGCUCAUCACAGUUCAUUGAUCAAUUAAGGGAUGCAGUGAAAAAUAUCACUUUUAAUGUCACUACUGAUUUGCUACUGACCGGUUUAAGUUUAACCACUGCUUGCAAACCAAACUCAACCGGAGGCCAGCAGUGUCGUUGCGAGGAUGAGUUUGAAUGGCCGAGUGACGUUUGUGACACUUUUGAUGCAUGCAAUGCCAGCGCAGAAACCUGCGACUGCUUAAAUAGAAUUCCUUCCAAUGGGCGAUUCUGUGAACCGAUAUCAAGUAUCAUCCCAUUUCCACCUCCAAUAGAAGCAUUCAUGGACGUUGUCAUCACAGCAUUUGAUCCAAAUAACACAGACCCAUCUCAGUUAAUUGCUGAACUGAGAGAUGCUGUGAACAAUUUAUCGUUACCAAGCAACAUCACGAAUGGCACCGUCCUGACAAGCUUAAAUUUGACCACAGGAUGCCACGCGACAUUAACCGGGGAACAGCUUUGUCAGUGUGAGGAACAGUUUGCAUGGUCAUGUGACUUCUGUGACAAUUUUGGCGCAUGUAGCGAUGCCAAUCCGCAAACCUGCGACUGCAUCAAUGCUAUUCCUCAAGUCGAUCAGUACUGUGAGCCGAUAUCACUUAUCCCCCCAUGUCCGUUACCAUCACAAUCAAUAGAAGUGGACAUUGUUAUCACAGUGUUUGAUCCAAAUAACACGGACCCAACUCAGUUAAUUGUUCAACUGAGGGACGCUGUGAAUGGUUCAUCUUUACCAAGCAACAUCACCAAUGGCACCGUGCUGACAAGCUUAAAUUUGACAACAGGAUGCUACGUAACAUUAACCGGGGAACAGCUCUGUCAGUGUGAGGAACAGUUUGCAUGGUCAUGUGACUUCUGUGACACUUUUGGUGCAUGUAGCGAUGCCAAUCCGGAAACCUGCGACUGCAUCAAUGCCAUUCCUCAAGUCGAUCAGUACUGCGAGCCGAUCUCACUUGUUCCCCCAUGUCCACUACCACCACAACCAAUAGAAGUGGACGUUGUUAUCACAGUGUUUGAUCCAAAUAACACGGACCCAACUCGGUUAAUUGCUCAACUGAGAGAUGCUGUGAACAAUUUAUCUUUACCAAGCGACAUCACGAAUGACACCACGGUAACAAGAUUAAAUUUGACAACAGGAUGCUAUGUAACAUCAACCGGGGAUCAGCUUUGUCAGUGUGAGGAACAGUUUGCAUGGUCAUGUGACUUCUGUGACACUUUUGGUGCAUGUAGCGAUGCCAAUCCAGAAAUCUGCGACUGCAUCAAUGCCAUUCCUCAAGUCGAUCAGUACUGUGAGCCGAUAUCACUUAUUCCUCCAUGUCCAUCACCAACAAUAGAAGCAUUAGUGGACAUUGUCCUCACAGUGUUUGAUCCAAAUGCCAUGGAUCCAUUAGAGUUAAUUGCUCAACUGAGGGAUGCUGUGAACAGUUUAUCCUUACCAAGCAACAUCACAAACGACACCGUAUUGACAAGCCUACAACUGACGACAACCUGCUUCCUGAGCUCUAUCGGAGAACAGCGGUGUCAGUGUGAGCCACCGUUUUCAUGGCCGUGUGAAGUCUGUGAAACUAUUCAAGCAUGCAGCGACGCCAGUCCGGUAACCUGCACUUGCCUAAAUGGAUUUCCUCCAAAUCAGCAAUUCUGCGGCUUAGACACAAUUAACACAAUAUGUCCAGUUUCUACUACUUCCUCAACUACUGUUUCCUCAACAAAUUUGUCAACGCUCCCUCAGCCAGACGUCAGGUCAUUGUCAGUCAUCAUUGACAUCGAAUUUGAUCCAUUGUUCAACGACGUAACCAAUCCUGUUUACGUGACGUUUUCCGAUGUAGUGAAUACGCAAGCGGAAAUUCACAUUCCAGAAUUGUUGUCAGCGGAGAUAACUAACUUCAGUCCUGGUAGUACAAUUGGUAACUUUGAGAUUACUGCAAGCACUACAAUUCAAGACCCGGAUGUUGAAGCACUUCUGGCGGCCAUAUUAAAUUCCCUUCGGAACUCGUUUCCUGUGGUGUUUGAAAGCCCUAUUGCUUUAGACUUUCAACCUCCUGUAAUAUUUAACGGGCAGACUCUGGUUGUGACGUGUGGGCCGCCACCGGAGAAUCUGGAGAUUUUUCCGACAUCAGUAGAGUGGCGGCUUGACGGUGUUCUAAUCGUAGAAGACGAACAACACAUCUCAUCACAAGACGGAAGAAUGGCAACACUUACUAUUUUGAAUUACUUUUUCACUGACAAUGGAUUCUACGAAUGCGAACUGCUUGGACUGAAUUUUAUUUUCCGUCAGAGUUCUAACGGAGAAUUCGUACUUGUUGAAACACCCAUAAUUCAGGUGCGUCCGCUCUUGAUGAAUAUCUUGUGUGAGGUCGGGCAGCAAGUGUCACUGGAGUGCUCUGUCCAGAGCCCCUUCCAGGUGGAGUUUCCAGCUUUUCCAGUUGCAGGCAUCGGUUCUACAGUCCAAAAUCAACUGCCAAUCACAGACUGCAGUAUCACGGAAUUGAUGGUGAUUUGUCAAGUCAGCGACUUUAAUGAAUUUAGUCAAACGAUAACAGUAAGAUUGUUCACAGAUGUUGUAUUCACAUGUGUUGAUGAUCCCGAUUUUGGAAACGGUUUUGUAAAUGACACGGGGAGAGCUUCUUGUAGAGGAGAAGAUGUGGGAGAGAUGACAGCCAUUUGUAGGGAAAGUGGGGAAUGGGAAGAUCGAGAAGACAACUGCAUCCACGAAAGGAUCGCGCCGCUACUCCUUCAAUCAAUGUUUUUAACCGAGAUGGAUUUGGAGGAAUUCCUGGACACACUAAGCCAAACCAUUCUGGACCUAAGUAUGGAAGUGGCUGGCUCGCCUAAUAACAUUAUGGCCGUUGUUACAAUUCUCGACAAUGUCGGAAUCUUUGUAACGGAAUUUUUAAUUGAAAUAAGUCAGGAAUCGAUGGAGGAUGUUCUAAUAACUACUGGCGUUCUUACCAUCGCUGAGGCGAGACCGUCUUGGGAUUUUCUUAACGCUCAAGCAGUCACCGAGAUCUUAGGACCAAGAAUCGUCAGACCCAGGAAUGAAAGCAUCAGCUCCUUGUUAUUAUUUUCCCUGGAAUCGAUAACAAGCCGACUGAUCAAUGCCACUUUUUCCAUUGAAACACCUUUGAUUCUUCUGAACAAAACAACAUUCAUCGACAGUUUCAAUGCGGAUUUUAACUCUACGGUAGAAAUAGAAAUACUAGAAACUAAUGCAACCACAAACCUAACUGUGAUAACGUUCGAAUCCAUGGAUAAUGUACUUCCGCCGAGAGAUGAGAACAAUUCUACAAACAGAACCGUUAACGGUCGAGUGGUUCUCCUGCAGUCUAGCGCCAUAGUUGAUAAUAUUACGUUUAUUUUUGAUAUUAUUAAUGAUACUCUAACGACGCCUCAGUGUGUGUUCUGGAACUUUAGUCUCUUCGAAGGUCUCGGCGGAUGGGACGAAGAAGGAUGCCGAUUGGUUGGAAGAGAAAACGAAACGGUGACAUGUCAAUGUGAUCAUUUGACGUCAUUCUCGGUGCUUAUGUCGCCCUUUGCUCCGAGAAACCGUAUAUUGGACUUCAUAACCUUUAUCGGAGUUGCUAUUUCGUUAGCAUCCUUAGUGAUAUGUUUGAUUAUUGAAGCGGUUAUAUGGAAAAAAGUCCGAAGGAGCACAACUUCGUACCUGCGACAUGUUUCUAUCGUUAAUAUCGCGGUGUCUCUACUGAUUGCAAAUAUUUGGUUCAUAAUCGGUUCUUCAAUCUCGGAGAACGAGAUGAGGAAUCCGAGCGCCUGUACUGCCGCAACGUUUUUUAUCCAUUUUUUUUAUCUCGCGCUUUUUUUCUGGAUGUUCGCUUCAGCUCUUUUGUUGUUUUACCGAACAGUAAGCGUCUUUGAGGGAGGACUUUCCAAAACCACGAUGUUGAUCAUUGGAUUCUGCCUCGGUUACGGGGCCCCGCUCGUUAUCGUAGUCAUUACCAUUGCCGUCACCGCACCGGACAAUACUUACAUCCAAGAAACUGUGGUUUGCUGGCUCAACUGGAACCAGUCCAGAGCCCUGCUGGCGUUUGUGAUCCCGGCGCUGCUUAUAGUGUUCAUAAAUUUUAUCAUUUUAAUUGUGGUGAUUAUAAAAAUACUGCUUAGUCGGGGGAUGGCGCACACGGCGCAACAGGACGACAAGUACGCGCUGCUGGUAAUUGGUCGCAGUUUGGCCGCCCUUACGCCAUUUUUUGGGAUAACUUGGAGUCUUGGAGUUGGAACCCUUCUCAACCCACGUAACCUCGGAAUCCACAUUGCUUUUGCAUUCUUCAAUUCUCUGCAGGGUUUCUUCAUAUUAGUGUUUGGAACUCUGCUAGACAAAAAGGUGCGGUCAGAAAUUUCACUGAAGUCUCUAACUUCCGGAACAAGGACCACCAGUGGAAACUCGUCAAGCGGAUGGCAGUUUUUCAGGAACCUUGGAAAACGAGGUGGCAACAAUGUGUCAUCAAGCAACUCUGGAUUUGGGUCAUCUAAUCAACCUCAAACUGCGUCUGAGUCUGUGCCACAUAAUAACUCCGGAUUGGACUCUGAAGCCAUCAAUACUUGAUGCCCACUGGAAAGAUCACUGGCCGUAAAUAUUGUAUGAAUGCUGAGACGCAUAUCCAUAGUAAGUAUGGAAGGGAAUAUGACUGGUUGGUUCUUUCAGCUCGGCUCCCAAAACAAGAGACGGUUCUUCAGGUUCCUAAAUAGCUUGCUUGAGUUUGUUUCUCACCGAAAUGCUUAUAAAAUAAUUUUUUUAAUGUAAAAAUAGAAUGACAGUGGAUUACCUUGGUUAGCGUCCGCUUCAGUUAGCAUGUUUUUCAGUUAAUGUUGAAAAUGUAUGCCUCGGUUUGAUUACAUUUUCCAAAAACUGUUACCUGGACACUGCAUUUCCGCUUAGUUUUGCACAUUUUUAUUUAUAUUUUGUUGUGUCAUGUUUGCCAAUUGAGCAAUAAAAAUUUGAUGUCAAUAUAAUAUUUUGGUAAGAAACAAAAAAAAUUAUUUGGGAAAUGAAAGAACUGAUUCUGUUUAGGGGGCAGAGCCUUAAGACAAUGAAUGAAUAGUUGUAGUAUGUCUCACAAAAAUUGCACUACAGUGGAACUUUGGUUAGCGUCUGCCCCGGUUAACAUCCUUCGUUACACAGUUUUUCGAAAAAAAAUUCUCUCACUCUGUCGUGGUUUUUCAAUAAUUAUAUUUCAUUAAUAAAUGAUUAAAAGACAAGUUAUAUGUAGUAUUCUAGUCACUCGGCGUCGGUAAUGUUACAUCGAUGAGACAUGACGUUAUAUUUAAUUAACACUGAGUCAGCAGUGGCAUGUCCGACAUGAACAAGUGAAAAAAAAAAAGUUCUCUCAUUCAGUGUGGAAGUGGUAGAUUUCUGGCUUCUUAUUGUGUGCUUCUUCCCCACACUCUUUCAAUCACUUUAUUAAUCUUAAAUUUAGAGGCUAACUAGAUUGAUGGCCUGUGCAAUGAGGCGUAAACAAAGUCAAAUCACUAUAGAGGUUUUAUCUCAUGUCUACAUGGCUCUAAUAAUGUCAAAAUCAUAUUUAGAAAAGCCAUAAACAGGUUUUGUAUGAAAAUAUUUAAUUUCUUAAUUGAAACCUACUUCCUAAUUCACCUAUCACAGUCAGGUCUGGGACAAGUUAACCGCGGUAAACGAGGGACGUAUUUGUGAGUAGCUUAACUUCAUUGGUUUGCACUGAUACUCGUCAUCAUUGGCGUGUGAAAAAUCACUUUUUCUUCAUGAAAAGACUUUUGAUGUACUUGCACUGUAUAUCCAUUAUCAGAUGAAUGAGGCACUUUACAUGUAUAAACUUUUUAUGAGAAGUUCUAUUUGUUUAGUGAAAGUAUUUUACUUAUUUUGUACAGUUGCACAUCGCGAAUGAAGUGAUGUACUUUAUGAAAUUUAAUGUAAUUUGAUGUGAUUUGGAUGUUUCAUGGCCAACAAAGCUAAACACUCCAAAGCAUAAUGAAAAUUCAUUAUUUUUUUAAAUAAUGAAUUUUUAUUUUAAAAAAAUAAUAAAAAAAUAUACCUUAAACUGUAUUAUGGAAAGCAGGAAGUGAACAAAUGUAACAGUUACUGAUUGUAAAAGAACCAGAUGGAGGGGUAGGAUUUAAUAAGCUUUGCUUCUUCCUACUCCUUUUGGACAUGUGGAACUGGGAACUGAUUAUGUGAUGCAUUCAAUUGUAAUCUGAUAAAAUCUGAAAUAAAACCAUUACCAUUACCAAAAUUCUGCUUUUCAUAUGAUUGAA